CCUCACUUUUGAUCUACUGGAGCUCUCCCUCCACGGCCCAAGUCUCUGUGAAAGCAGUUGCGCACCACGUUGCUGAAGGGGCGAAUGUUCUUCUACUUGUCCACAAUCUGCGAGAGACACCCCGAGUCUUUUACUGGUUCAAGGGAGAAAAUGAUGAUAAAAGGAAUGAAAUUGCACGAUUUAUAACGUCAACUAAUGUGAAUCUCACAGGGCCUGCAUACAGUGGCAGAGAGACAAUAUACCGCAAUGGAUCCCUGCUCUUACAGAACGUCACUCAGAAUGACACCGGAGCCUACACGUUGGAAAUGAUAAUGCAAAACUUUGACCCUAAGACACUAUCUGUGCAGUUCCAUGUCCACCCACUGCUACCCAAGCCCAGCAUAACAAACAACAAUUCCAAUCCCAUAAAGGAUAAGGAAUCAGUAGCAUUAAUGUGUGAUCCAAAGACUGAGAAUACAAGCUACCUGUGGAGGAGAAAUGGCCAAAGCCUCUCAGAAGGUGACAGGCAGAAGCUGUCUGAGGACAAAAGAACUCUCACUUUACUCAGUGUUGUGAGGACUGACACAGGACCCUAUGAGUGUGAAACCCAGAACCCAGUGAGCAAGGCCCGAAGUGACCCAUUCACUCUGAACAAGCCAGUGACUACACCCUCCAUUCAAGUCAGCAACUCCACAGUCAAAGAACUGGACUCUGUGAUCCUGACCUGCUCCUCAAAUGACACUGGGAUCUCCAUCCAUUGGUUCUUCAAUGGCCAGAGUCUGGGGCUCACGGACAGAAUGAAGUUGUCCCUGAACAACAGCACCCCCAGCAUAGACCCUGUCAGGAGGGAGGAUUCUGGGGAGUAUCAGUGUGAGGUCUCCAAUCCAGUCAGUUCCAAAAGGAGUGACCCCAUCCAGGUGGCUGUAAUAGAUGAGUGA